AUGACAUCCGCUAUUUGUUGCCUCUGUGCACAGCCAGAUGGAAUCGUCUGUGCAGGGGUCUGUCGCAGAUCAUAUUGCCCUAUGUGUCUCAUCGAAGCCAAAAUCCGGAAAGCUGAGCCAGUUUUUAACGAAGAACGGAUAAACAUGAAUAAGAGACUAUUAGAAUGUUUAGGUAGCAACUACCACUUCACUUGUACAGCAUGUCAAAGAGGAACAAGCGUUUGCUCUAUUUGUCUCGAACAUAAGGUUAAUGAUCAAGGCCCAUUACUUGUGUGCUGUGUACCAGGUUGUCAGACAGUGUUCCACCAACAAUGCUACAAGAAAGCUGGACUGCCCACUCAGGAUAUUUUUGGUUUAUCCUUUUCCUGUCCUCGGCAUGUCUGUCUCCAUUGCAAAAAGGGAAAAUCCGGGCUUCCCGUAAGCGUUUGCAUUCGUUGCAACUCUAUGAUCCAUUUAGCCUGUAGGAAAGCGUUUAGUCGUGAGAUGCGGCCACUAUUUUUUGGAUCGCGAGAAGCAGAUUGUGCCUGCUUAUGUAAUAAGUGUUACAUUUUAAUACUCAGUACGUCAACACGGCCAACAGAGAGCUACGAACCAGAACUGUAUCUCCGAAUGUAUGUUAGAAGACGGGAGGAUAUAUCUUUGCGGGCCCUAUCAACCUUGUUUGACACACAAUUUGUUGAUCGUCUCUGCCAUUUGCACAAACAGUUACAAGCGAACAACUCUCCAAAAGAGAAGGUAAUACGAGCUGAAAAAAGCAAAGGUGUAAGCUCUAACCCCUCGCAAUCAAAGUUAGAUCAUCAAGCACCGAAGGAACCGCAACUAAAGCAGCUAACUUCUAAGAAGAGCGUCAUACAACCUCCGGAAAAGCAAGACCUUAAUGCGGCAUCAGAGCUAAUGCCUGCGCAGCAUUCGGUACUAGAGGUUGAAGCAUCCUCUUUGUCUACCUCAGUGAUAAUAACUACACCCAAGACGAACGUCUCAUUUACAAAAGCAAUGCAGCCGGAAAUUAUUCGUUGCCAAACAAUUAUGAUACGGCAGAAGUCGAGAUUGUGCUCAAACUCUUCUACUUAG